AAAGUGUUAAAGAAACUAUAUUACUUACAUUCAUAUCAACUAAAAGGUACAAAUAUGACAUAUUAAAAGCCAUAAAACACCAAAGAAGCCAAGUUCAAGCUGCACACUAGAAAUGUAUUCCUAAGCGAUUUGGAACCAUUAGCAAUUUGAUCACGCACCGGUUAUAAAGCAAAUAAGAUAUCGUUACCAAAUCGCAUUUCAUGGAUAUUUUAGUCAGUGAGCGUUGUUUGCGUUGCGAGUGCGGAUCGUUAACGGAUUGAGAGUGUGUAACUACGAUCAAAAUUAGAAAAUACCUUUGGGACGAUAAUACGUUCAAAAUUCGUAGCCUAAAAUGCUUUUCCUCACCGCCCGAGUCGAUCACACGGCCGAGCAGAUUUUCAAAAUUGAACAACUCAGGCAGCUGGUGGAGAAGUGCGAGGAUCUGAGAGUGGGCACCGAGGACACCCUGCUCACCAAAUUCCUGCACUACACGCGCUGGGACACCAUCAAAGCCUACCAGGCCAUACACGCCUACUAUGAGUUCAAGAGGCGCCAUCCCACCUGGGUGGCCCGCCACCCCAUUGAGCACUAUCGUCAGAUCUUCUACGGCACCCACUGCCGCUACGUGAUGCCCCAGGUGGAUCGCAAUGGACGGGUGCUGGUCGUCUUCAAGACGGUGGAUGGGUUCCAGGACUACCCCGACUAUCUGCAGAGUCUCGUCGAGAUGGACGACCUGAUCUUCGAGUCGCUCCUGCUGCUCCCGCGCGUCCAGCAGAAUGGGAUUACGGUCAUUUGUGAUCUCCAAGGGACAACCCGAAAUUUUCUGCGACAAUUUUCGCCAGCGUUUAUGAAGGUGGUGAACGAAAAGAACGGAGUGCUGCCUUUCAGUCAGCGUAUCGUGCAUAUAAUACAACGCGGUUUCCUGAUGCACGUAACCUCCACGCUGUUUAUGCCCUUCAUGAACAAGGAAUUCAAGGAAAAGAUCUUUACCCACGACGGGCGACAUCUUAGCAAGCUCCGCGAAAUGGUUGGCUACGAAAGUCUGCCCGCGGAAUACGGAGGUCCUGCGACGAACGUCCUGGAUACGAACCUGAUAUUCAAUCACCUGAGUCAAAAUGCGGAGUACUUGGAAAAACUGCAGACCUACGGAAAGAUAUAGCAAAUAUAAGGAACUAUUUUUUACCAUUUCAUUAGUAUUUUUGAACACGAACCAAAUAUAAUGGCUAUUUAUAAUUAGAA